CCUCAUAUGUCAAUAUCACAUCUUUAUCAUAACCUCAAAAAUUUGAAUUUUGAAACACUGAACAAGUGUGUUUAUUUUAGUUUUUGAAAAGUGAUAGUAAAUAUCAAUAAAAAUGGCUGAAUUAGUAAAUCAACGUAUUGAGGACAUGAUAAAUGAGUUGGAACAGAUGCGCAGGGUAAAUUUAUACAGUGAAGAAGAAAUAAAAGAGAUAUCAAGAAAACGCAAAGAAUUCGAAUAUCACAUCCAACGUAGAGUAAAACAGAAAGAGGAUUACGUCCAAUACAUAGCUUAUGAGCUGGCGUUGCUCGAAGAUAUCUCACUCAGACGGAAACAAACAAAGUUGUCAGAGAAAAAGAAAGAAAUUGAGUAUUCCAUAGCACAGCGGCUGAACAGACUGUUCAAACAAUUUAUAUACAGAUUCCAGAAUGAUGUUCAAGUGUAUUUUGAAUAUAUCAGGUUUUGCAGAGGUGUUGGAUUUAAACAGGCUAUAUCUGGUAUUAUUGGGCAAAUGCUACAGGUACAUGGCGACAAGCCAAAUAUGUGGCUCAUGGCCAGCAAAUGGGAAAGUGAAGAGGAAAAUAAUUUGGAAAAUGCUAAAGGUUUCCUUAUAAAAGGCAUUCAGAGACAUCCAGAUUCAGAAGCAUUAUACUUGGAGUUAUUCUAUAUUGAACUAAUAGAAUUAACAUUCAAAAUUGAGACGGAUGAAGAAAAGGAAAAACAAAUAAGAAGGGCAGAUGUUGUUUGGAGGAAUGGCUUGAAGAACAUCAGUAAUGUAUCGUACUUGUUUAAACUACUUGAUUUAUGCAUGAAAUAUGAUGUGAAGGGAGAGAUUUUGGAAGGAAUAAAACAAGAGAUAUGGACAAGACGUAAUAAUAAAGAUGUGUGGCCUUAUAUAGCGUCAAAGGAGUUGCAGGAGUGUCAUUGGAAGGAAAUUGAAGAAUUUGUAGAUGACGAGUACGAUUUUCCUCCUGUGGUUAAUAAUUUUAUAGCUGUCUAUGAAGAAGCUUUGCAAAAGUUUCCAGAAGAAAGUUUAUGUACAAAAUACAUCCAUGAUCUGCUGGGUUUGAGUGAUAAUGUUUGUGUUGAAUCACAAAAGAUCGAAGCUGUUAAACACGCCUGGAUGUACGGCCAUGACAAUGGAUUGCUGUCCAGUGACAUGUACAGUUUUGGAAUUGAAAUGUUGAAACUGGAAAACAAAAUGUCGGAAAAUGAACUUGUAGAGAUGUUAGAAACCGCCCUAAAAAGAAAUUCGAAACAUAGGCAUGUAUGGCAGGAACUCCUGUUGUUAAAUAAAGAUGACGAAAAGAAAAUGGUGUCUAUCUUACAAGAUGCAACAAAGAAAGUGAAGACUGAUGAUGCUGUAUGUCUGUACAAUCUUGUAUUGGACAAUGUCCAGUCAAAUACAACUUUGAAGAACUUGUAUAAAAAAUUCCAAAGUUGUGAGAACGCUGUUUUGUUGGAGGUGAAACCGAAAUUAUUGCAGAAAAUGUAUGAGCAUAACGGACUGAAGGCGGCCAGAGAAAUGUAUGAUGACCUAAUUAGGACACCACCUACUCAAAUAGAUGUUCACACGACUAUGAUAGAUAUAGAGAAAUCACAAGACAAAAUAAAUAUUAAAAACAUUAAGAAGUGUUACGAAUGCUUAGUUCAGCAUCAUGGCAGUGACAAUGUUGGUAUCUGGGCAGAUUAUAUGAAUUUUGAAAUUGAUAAUGGGAAUGCAUCAGCAGCACCAGGGAUUUACAGAAGAGCUGUUGCAACACUAAAGAAGGAGUUGGUGGAUGAGUUCAUCAAAACUCAAGCAUUGUCUAAAUUAAAAUAAGUUGUGUGGGAUAUAGAA